GGCUGUCCGGUCUGGUCCUAUUCUAGAUACAUCAUUCAUACGUAUUUCUUACUUCAUCCCAUGUAAUCGGUAGUGGUGUGUUUAAUCAUAAUCAUAAUAAUAACAAAAGUUUGAGGGGAUUAAAUAAUGUUGAUGUUAGUUGGAUAACACACGAGACCACACAAACAAAGAUCAUUAAUAAUAAGGCGGUAAAAAAAGAUGCUUUAUUUCUGAGUACAUGUAUGUAUGUCUUGUGAUUGUGGUCCAUCAACAAAAUAUUGUGGUUUUGUUAAAGCAAAUACCAUUGGAAUUAUGCUUUGCUAUAAACGCGUUAGCCUGUUAUUAAUGUUAAAGAUAGCGACCUUAAAUUAUAUACAAGAUGGAUGUGGGCCAGGGUGGGUGGGGACAUCCAACAAUGGAAGUGGAAAGAAGGGUGCCUGCCCAUUUGGAGAUAAGGCUACCCACACUUUUUUUUUUCUUUGUAGUUUAUAUAAUAAAACAAUUUAAAUUGAAAACAACGUAUUAAUUUUGUUAAAAAAAAAGAGAGAAGAUAAUCUUUAGGCGAUGGGGGGUCCGGGUGGGUAGAGAUUAGAGAAAGAAAGAAGAAAGUCAUUAGCAGCAGGAUUCCACUAACCUCUCUCUUCAUUCAAUUCGAACACAAGAUCAAUCCUUAAUUAUACCACCUCUUCCUUCCUUUCUCCUCUUCUUCUUUCUUUCUUUCUUUCUUUCUUUCUUUCUUUCUCACCCCACCUAACCUAACAUAACAUAACAACGAUUGCUUUUGUUGUUUGUUGAAGAUAAAAUAAAAUAAACACAGAUUAUUAUUAUUAUUAUUAUUAUUAUUAUUAUUAUUAUUAAAAAUAAAGAUGCGAUAGAUAUAGGAAUGGGAUUAAGGACCCUUCCCUUCUCCAAACUCCAAACGGACGGACCCCUCCUACCAUAACCAUUUUACUUAUUUCUUACCAAAACGCCGUUACCCGGUAACCGUCUUUCCCGUUAAGUCACGUGCACUGCUUCAUUUCAUGGCGCUUGAGCGAUUGACUCUCGCUCCCGUCGUUCUUGACACCGGCACCGGAAACGGCGGCGAAGACCUCAACAAAGCUCCCAGGCUGCCUCGCUGGACCAGGCAAGAACUUCUUGUGCUUAUCCAAGGCAAGAGAGUCGCAGAGAACCGGGUUCGCAGGGGCAGAAGCGCCGUUCUCGCUUUCGGCUCCGCUCAGGUCGAGCCCAAGUGGUCCUCCGUCUCUUCUUACUGUAAGCGUCACGGGGUUAACCGGGGACCCGUUCAGUGCCGGAAAAGAUGGAGCAAUCUCGCCGGAGAUUUCAAGAAAAUCAAGGAAUGGGAGUCCCAGAUCAAAGACGAAGCAGAAUCUUUUUGGCUCAUGAGAAACGAUUUGAGGAGAGAGAGGAAGUUGCCUGGAUUUUUCGAUAGAGAAGUCUAUGAUAUACUGGAUGGUGGAGGACCCUCUUCCGCGGAGGCGGAGGGAGACAAGUCGUUGGUUCUUUCCCUAGCGCCUUCGGCUGCUGAGACAGAGAACGAGGUUGUGUUUGAUAGUGGGAGGACGGCGGCAGCGGUAGAUGAUGGAUUGUUUUCUGAUGAGGUCAUAGGUAGUCCGGAGAAAGCUCCUACCCCAAUUUCAGCGACACAGUAUGAGCCUUUCUCACAAGAGGUUCCGGAGCAUGAUCAUCAUCAUCCAGUCCCAACAGUAGCAGCAGCAGCAGCAGAUAAAAAAAGUUCCCCAAUAAAUCCUGAUGAAGCUGCUGAUGGAACGGCUCAUCAAGGAAGCAGUAGGAAGAGGAAGCGUCCAGCCAUAGAUGUAGAUGCAGAUGAAGAUGAAGAUGAAGAGGAGGAGAUGUCUUUACAGAAGCAACUGAUCGAAGCCAUGGAAAGAAAUGGCAGAUUGCUUAGCUCCCAACUAGAAAUCCAAAACACCAACUCCCAGUUAGACAGGGACCAACGAAAAGAUCAUGCAAAUACCCUAUUUGCAGUGCUUAAUAAGCUCGCCGAUGCCAUGUCUGCCUGCCCUUGCCCUGGGAGAUUAUGUAUUGUGGCAAGUCUCCAGAUAAAAUCACUCGCUCAAAUAUUUCUCCUCUUUCUUUCCAUUGCUUAUAGCAGCAGUAUAGAAAAUCGUAGAUCUAAAGGCCAAUAUUGUAGAUUUGAGCCGAAAAUCACAGAUCUGGAAUUGACUAGAGCUUGUACAUCUGAAGACAUAAUUCACCGAUGGGAGGAGAUGACGACGGUACACCGACGAUGCAACAGAGAGGAAGUAACCAUAGUUACAGAUCUGAAAUAUGUCAUCGACGGUGAUGACAGUGGUGAGGUCGCUGCCGACGAUGGCGAGAUCGCCGUCGGCGGUAGUGUUUAUGGUGGUGUUCACCAGAGAUGGUUAAAGGAGAAGAGAGUUUUUUUUUGUUCUUGGCUAUGA